UGCACAGGAAGUGGAGGCGCAGAGGCCAGCCGGGAGGCGGCUUAAAGGGGAGCCUGCAGCCCCCCACCCCGAGCCCCUUCGCCAUGGCGCGCCCACGGCUGCCCGAGCUGCUGCUGCUGCUCCUGGCGGCCCCCGCCGCGAGGCCGGCCCCCCCGACCUGCUACUCCCGGAUGCUGGCGCUGAGCCGGGAGAUCACCGGCCUCUUCCAGGGCCUGGAGGCCGCCGAGCCGCGGGAGCCCUGUGUGAGCUACCUGCCCCGGCUGUACCUGGACAUACAUAACUACUGUGUGCUGGCCAGGCUUCGGGAUUUCGUGGGGACACCCCACUGCUGGCACGUGGGCGCAGUGGACGCCCUGCGGGACAGAGCCCGGCAGCUGUACACCAUCAUGACCACCUUCUGCAGAAGAGACCUGGUGUUCCUGUCCGAUGACUGCAGUGCCUUGGACUCGCCGCCCCCGACCACCGGCCCCCCCGACAGCCAGAGUUGAGGCCGAGCAGAGGCCCUGCCUGGCCCCCUCUCUGGGGACCCCCGCCCCGCCCUGCCCACGCUUCCUGCCUGCAGCGAGCCCCCGGGCUCUGGCAGUGCCGUCCACCACCGCUGCCCCUCUAGGACACGCAGACCCUGAGAGGGCCUGGCCAGGCCCACUCUGCCCUCGCAGUGAGCGGCCCCCAAUAAAGGACACG